AUGGAAUUACAACCUACAAGAUCGGAUAACGAAAGUUCGCAGAGCCGGCGAAAAAGAUACGGUUCACAACCACCCGAAGGCCUCACGUCAGACUCUGAAGUUUCCUUGUGGCUCUUGGAAGCCGUGAAAGAAGAAAAGCGCCUAGCCGAGAUUGAAAUGGAGGAAAACCGCCGGAUCUUGCCGGAAUUUGGGUCGGGGCCUCCCACCGUCAAGCGGCCAGCCCCAGCUGUGCACCGUGGCUGCAAAUACCGCUUACCGUCAUCCGACCCGAUUGCCAUACCGCAGAUCCCAUACGACCCGUUUGACUACUGGUGGUUCCACCAAGAACUCAGGCGCCGCCAGGUUUACAUGUCGACGAUCACCUCCAAGGACCCCAAGUACACCCAGGUUAUACGCGAACUGGCCGACAUUUUCUUUGAAUUCAGAUUACUGGACAACUUAGAAUGCGACUUGUACGACAAUGACUUUGGUGAGAAGGAUGACAAACAGUGUCCCAUUUGCAGCUGCCAACCCGAGGAAGUCAACCAGGAGAUCAAGAUUGCAGUCGACCAGGUGAUCGAGGUCUCAAUCGACCAGGUGACCGAAGUCUCAAUCGACCAGGUGAUCGAGGUCACAGAUGACCAGGAGAUCGAGAUUGGAGUGGACGCGGUGGCGACCAUUACCUCCACUUAUCCCGUUACUCAAGACACAUGA